AUGAAGGUUACUACCACUCUCAUUGCUCUUGCAGCUGCUGCCAUGGCUGCUCCCACCCCCGACGGCUGGAGCGACGGUUGGGACGGUGACGAUGGCAGUGGCAUUUCGGAUAUCUGCAACAAUAACCGUCCAUAUAUGGUCUGUUGCGACGCCCCGACGGGCGUCCUGACCAAUCUACUCUGCAAUCUUGCCGUUCUUGGCGACACCUGCAGCAGCAGCACCUUUUGCUGCUCGGCUCCUCCUCAGAACGGCUUGGUCAACAUUGGUCUUAACUGCGUUCGGGUUUAA